UCCCCCCCUCCCACCCGGGAAAGGGGCGGGUCCAGGAGGGAGGCGGCUUCAUGGGAAGCCUCUCCUCGGCGCAGCCUCGCCUCCAUCCUCGCCUUCAUCUCCGCCCGACAAGAGGAAACAUGGAGCCAGAACACUGACCUGAACGACCAGCCUGGUGCUGCCCAGCAAUGGGUUGUGUGCAAUGCAAGAAAAAGAAGACGAAUAAGGCCCAGAGUAACAGUGGCGACGGAACACCGAACCCGCCUCCCAGCUCCUGCUACAACCCUGACCCGACCCAGCAGAAUGCCCCCAACAGUUUCACACGCAUCCCCGACUUCAACAACUUCCAGGGAACGCCGGGGCCUUCCACGCCUGCCUUCAUGGGGGGCUCCGGCGUAUACCCCACCCCUUCUCUGCACAUGCCUGGAGCUGGGAUCACAGGUGGAGGGGUGACGCUUUUCAUUGCCUUGUACGAUUAUGAAGCCAGAACCGAGGACGAUCUGACAUUCGUGAAGGGCGAGAAAUUUCACAUCAUCAACAAUACAGAGGGCGACUGGUGGGAAGCCAGGUCCUUGAGCACGGGAGCAACGGGCUACAUCCCCAGCAACUACGUGGCACCUGUGGACUCUAUUCAGGCGGAGGAGUGGUACUUUGGGAAAAUUGGUCGCAAGGAUGCCGAGAGGCAGCUGCUGUGCCACGGCAACCCACGGGGGACGUUUCUCAUCCGCGAGAGUGAGACCACCAAAGGUGCCUACUCUCUAUCCAUUCGGGAUUGGGACGAGGUGAAAGGAGACCACGUCAAGCAUUAUAAGAUCCGGAAGCUGGACAAUGGAGGUUACUAUAUCACCACGAGGGCCCAGUUUGAUACUGUGCAGCAACUGGUCCAGCAUUAUAUAGAGAGGGCUGCGGGGCUGUGCUGCCGCCUGGCCGUGCCGUGCCACAAAGGGAUGCCCAAGUUGGCAGACCUCUCGGUCAAAACCAAAGACGUUUGGGAGAUCCCACGGGAGUCGCUGCAGCUCAUCAAGAAACUGGGCAACGGGCAGUUUGGGGAAGUCUGGAUGGGCACUUGGAACGGCACCACCAAAGUCGCCGUGAAAACGCUGAAGCCGGGGACCAUGUCUCCAGAAGCCUUCCUCGAAGAGGCCCAAAUUAUGAAGCGCCUACGACAUGACAAGCUGGUGCAGCUGUACGCCGUGGUCUCGGAAGAGCCAAUCUACAUUGUCACGGAGUUUAUGAGCCAAGGGAGUUUGCUGGAUUUUUUGAAAGACGGGGACGGCCGUUUCCUGAAGUUGCCACAACUGGUGGACAUGGCAGCCCAGAUUGCAGCUGGAAUGGCCUACAUUGAGCGCAUGAACUACAUCCACCGAGACCUGCGGGCUGCCAAUAUCCUUGUGGGCGACAACCUGGUGUGUAAGAUUGCCGACUUUGGCCUGGCCCGGCUCAUUGAAGACAACGAAUACACCGCUCGCCAAGGUGCCAAGUUUCCCAUCAAGUGGACAGCCCCAGAAGCGGCCCUUUAUGGCAAGUUUACCAUCAAGUCCGAUGUCUGGUCCUUUGGGAUCCUCUUGACCGAGCUGGUGACCAAGGGGCGGGUCCCCUACCCAGGCAUGAACAACCGGGAGGUGCUGGAGCAAGUGGAGCGGGGCUACCGCAUGCCGUGCCCGGGGAGCUGUCCGCUCUCCCUGCACGAGCUGAUGGUUCAGUGCUGGAAGAAGGAGCCCGAGGAGCGGCCCACCUUUGAAUACCUCCAGUCCUUUCUUGAAGACUACUUCACUGCCACGGAGCCUCAGUACCAGCCGGGGGACAACCAAUAGUCCUGGAUGGGAAUCACGCGCAAGCUCCCAGGGCCUUGGGUGGGGCCAGGAUCCUCUCUGGGGCCAGGAUCCAAGCAUUCCUGUUUUGUACAACUGGGUCCGGACUCUUCUUUGGUUCCCACUCCCUUUCCCUUUUUUAUGCCUCUGCCCUUCUCCAGUUGCCAUUUGGUGUUUCGGUCGGGCAACGUUGGACUUGCGUGGAGGAGCAAGGCCUGAGCUGGGUUGGACUGAGAGAGAACUUCUCUUCGCUGAGUUAUUUUUCUCCUUGAGCUUCCUUCUGCUCCAGUCUUCUCCGGCAUGGUGGCCAAAAACAUCCAGUAGCCAAUGGUCAGGGAUGGUGGAACCAAAGUGGGGAAGGUGGUCCUCCUGAAUCGUCAAGAACAUGUCAACCACUUGCUCCGGUUAUUGUUGGACUACAUACCCAAGGCAUGGGCAAACAUGGGUCUUCCAUAUCAGUAUGCCCUCUAGUUGUGUCAGAUUCCCAACAUUUCUGGCUGGUUGGAGAGCUUGAGAAUUAUCAUAUGGUCCAUCUAGUAGGCAUGGGCAUAGACCAUGACAAAGACCAGGGGUCCUCAAACUUUUUAAGUGGAAGGCUGAUUCAUAGUCCCUCAGACUGUUGGGAGGCCGGACUAGGAUGAAAUACUAAAAAAUUAGGAUUGUUGUUGUGUGCCUUCAAGUCAUUUCAGACUUAGGUCAACCCUUCGUCUAAAGUUUAGGACAGAGGCCAGGUAAAAUACCUUGGAGGGUUGCAUCUGGCCCAUGGACCUUAGUUUGGGGACCCUUGAUCUAGACGAUCUCAUAAGGCCAUAGGUAAGGAAAGGGACCCUCAAAGACCAUCUAGAUGGUCUCAUAAGACCAUAGGUAAGGAAAGGGACCCUCAAAGUCUAUCUAGAUGAUCUCAUAAUGCCAUCAGAAGACCAUAGAUAAGGAAAGUGACCUCAAAGACCACCUAGAUGGUUUCAUAAGACCAUAGAUAAGGAAAGGGAACCUUAAAGACCAUCUAGAUGGUUUCCUAAGACCAUAGAUAAGGAAAGAGACCUCCAAAGAACAUCUAGAUGAUCUCAUAAGACCAUAGGUAAGGAAAGGGACCCUCAAAGGCCAUCUAGACAGUCUCAUAGGACCAUAGGUAAGGAAAGUGACCUCCAAAAGCCAUCUAGAUGGUCUCAUAAGGCCGUAGCUAAGCAAAGAGACCUUCAAAGACCAUCUAGACGAUCUCAUAAGACCAUAGGUAAGCAAAGAAACCUCCAAAGACCAAGUAGACUUAGGUCAACCCCAAGUCUAAAGUUUAGGACAGGGGCCAGGUAAAUGACAUCUGGCCCCCAAGCCUUAGUUUGGGGACCCCUAACAUAGACCAUGAUCUCUUACCAUUGCUCAUGCUUUCUGAGGCUGCUGGGAGAUGGAGUUAAGUAACAUCUCGAAGUCCAGACAUCUAUUCUUUCUGUUCCACAUCAUUGUCAAGAGCUCUUGAGCUGGACAGUGUUGGUCUCCAUUUCUACCAGGCUUCAUGCUCUACCAUGGAUGGGCUCAUGAGAACCCGUUGUCCCAGCUGCCACCCAGACCCAACCAAGAAAAUGCCACGAAAUGGAUUAUUUCUAUAUUUCAUUGCUUUCUUUCUCUCCUGCCCCAUUCUUAACCCUCUGCAUUCUUAACCAGGCCAGUAAUAUUGAAGCCAUAAUCCACCGUUUGCAUGGUUGCGAGUGGAAGGUGGUUGUGGAAGGCAACCAGAAUCAGAGUGGAGAAGAUGCUUUCCCUAGUGCCAUUUUGGGCCCAUUUGCUGAAAGAAAACAAGGUGGGAAGAGAAGGACUAGGCGGGACACCGGACUUGUGAAAUGUCUGUUAUGUCGUGGUGCCUUUGUGUGAAGAGACGUUGUUCCUAACAAAACCAGGAGCUCAGGAAUCACUCAAUGAGAGUGAGCCAUGAUUCAGGCAGUAUAUCCAUACCAUGGUUGUGUUGUCAUUUCUUCUGUACGGAACCAUCUGAGAAGUCAUUAGGAGGGGACUAAGGUCCUUCAGGGGUUGUUCAGCCGUAGCCCUCAACACUUUGCAACAGAAUAGUAGUCAAUGGUGUUGGGUCUUCAGAUCUACAUUUCAAUAGUAUCUGAAGGUCCACAAGUUGCACCAAGAAAGCAUAGUUAUAGGUUGGAGUAGUCAAUGGUGUAGGGUCUUCAGAUCUACAUCUCAAUAGUAUCUGAAGGUCCACAAGUUGAACCAAAAAAGCAUAGUUAUAGGUUGGAGUAGUCAAUGGUGUAGGGUCUUCAGAUCUACAUCUCAAUAGUAUCUGAAGGUCCACAAGUUGCACCAAGAAAGCAUAGUUAUAGGUUGGAGUAGUCAAUGGUGUUGGGUCUUCAGAUCUACAUCUCAAUAGUAUCUGAAGGUCCACAAGUUGAACCAAAAAAGCAUAGUUAUAGGUUGGAGUAGUCAAUGGUGUAGGGUCUUCAGAUCUACAUCUCAAUAGUAUCUGAAGGUCCACAAGUUGCACCAAGAAAGCAUAGUUAUAGGUUGGAGUAGUCAAUGGUGUUGGGUCUUCAGAUCUACAUCUCAAUAGUAUCUGAAGGUCCACAAGUUGCACCAAGAAAGCAUAGUUAUAGGUUGGAGUAGUCAAUGGUGUUGGGUCUUCAGAUCUACAUCUCAAUAGUAUCUGAAGGUCCACAAGUUGCACCAAGAAAGCAUAGUUAUGGGUUGGGAACCAUUGGACUAUACAUUCAAAGCCCCCCCAACAGAUGGCCUUCAAAGCCUCCAAAGAAGGAGCCUCCACCACACUCUGGAGCAGAGAGUUCCACUGCUGAACAACUCUCACACACAAUUAGGUUCUUCCUCAUGUCCAGGUGGAAUCUCCUUUCUUUCCUGAAGUUUGAAGCCAUGGCUCCAUUGCGUCCUAGUCUCCAGGGCAGCUUGUUCCCUCCUCCCUAGGACUUCCUUCUCCUCCAUGGCCCUCACCACGUCUCCUCUCAGCCUUCUCUUCUGCAGGCCAAACAUGCCCAGGUCUUGAGGCCCUGCAGGAAUACAUUCCUGGAGUUUGCAAGGAUACAUGGAGAUGUGGAUACUGGAGAACCCUAUUGAAAUGGACUUUUGGCCCAAAAAUAUCCUAGAAUGACACUGGAGGACCUCGAAAAGGCCCGGCAGAUUUACGUCGGAAGUGGACACAUGAAACUGGGCGACGGUCCCGUGGAUACAGGGGCCACGCUGCAGAGCAAACUCAGCCCAGCUCUGAGCGAUGGCCGAGGACUUCCUAGAGAGAAGAAAUGGACGUGGGCAUCUGUUUAACAUGGAGAACACGUGGUUUAAUACCGUAAGAUAAGAUGUCCCACCCAGGACAGAUCUUCUCCCUUUCCCACCUGCAGUUGUUGAAACUACUCCUUUCUAUACUACGUUUUGUGUGGGUGUGUUUUUUAAAAAAUAAAUCCGUAAAUAAAGAGAAAUAAACCUUUCUAACAAGGGGGCAGGA